CACUCGCCAGUCACCCAGCAUGGCUCUCCUCCAGGAUGCUUCGCUGCUGCAGACGCUCCUCGUCGUCGUCGGCGCCCUCACUCUGCUCCGGCCGCUCCUCUCCCUCCUCCUCACUCUCCACUCCCUCUUCCUCGCCCGCGGCAUCUCGCUGCGCAGGUUCAGCAGCCAGGCUCCCCGCGCACUCAUCACGGGUGCAUCGGACGGCAUCGGCGCCGAGUUUGCGCGCCAGCUCGCGGCCAAGGGCUUCGAGGUGACGCUGGUGGGCCGCAGCAAGGCCAAGCUGCAGGGCGUGGCCGAGGAGAUUGCUCGCGCCUCUCCCAGUGCCAAGAUCGAGCUCCUCAUUCUCGACUUCUCCGACGCGUCGCACGCGGGCUGGGAGCACUUGUCCGCCUCCAUCUCCAGCGGCACGCCAAUUGGCGUGCUGGUCAACAACGUGGGCGUCUCGCAUGCCAUGCCCGUGCCCUUUGCCACGAGCGACGCAAAGGAGAACGAGAGCAUCAUCGCCGUCAACGUUGCGGCGCUGGUGCGCGUGACGCACAUGGUGUUGCCGGGCAUGCAGGCUCGCAAGUCCGGCCUCAUUCUCAACCUCGGUUCCUUCGCCGGACAAUUCGCCACUCCCCUUCUGUCCACGUACUCCGCCUCCAAGUCCUUCCUCCUCACGUUCUCCAAGUGUCUUGGCGCCGAGCAAGCCAACGCGCGCACGGGCGUGCGCGUCACGUGUCUCAACACCUACUUCGUCGUCUCUGCCAUGUCGGGCAUUCGUCGGUCAAACUGGCUCGUGCCGACGCCCAAGAGCUACGUCAAGACUGUGCUUGCCAAGAUUGGCACGAGUGGCGGCGCGGGAUGGAGACCGUACAGCGCCACGCUUUGGCCGGGACAUGCACUGGCUGAUUGGGCAAUUACGAACUUGCUGCCCAGCGAGAACUGGCUGCUCAACUAUCAGUAUACUUCGUCGCUCGACGUGCGCAGACGCGCACUGCGCAAGGCGGAGAGACAGGCCAAGGCGCAAUAAGCGUCGCCCGUCCGCCCAUCAACUCUGCUUCGUUUGCUCAUGCUCGUUGUACCUCGCUUCUUCGUUUACGCUCGACGCAGCGCAGUCGAGUGGGAGCGGGUCAAGAAUCAGCAUUAGCUUCGCGCGCGCGAGGGGCAAUACAGUGGGCCAAGGGAGGAGAACAGCUACAGGGGGGGAGGGGGGGAACAGGCGGCAGAAGGGAGGCGAGAGAAGGAGGC